CCUGGAUGCAAGCCUUCCACGGGUUACAGUUUAAGUUCCUUAUGAGACAUUUCAUGACCCAAUAUGGAGCCGCCCGAAAUCCCAUCGUUCCAAUGGCUCAGACUCAGUCAGAGUUUCAAAGAGAGGACCUAGGUGGACAAUUGCGGCCGGACCCAAUUGUCCCCCCUCAAUUGGUCCCUGCUCCUGAGGCGCCCCAGACGGUCCAAGACGAGGUAUUGUCCAUUGUGGUGGGCCAACGACGAGCCAGAAGAAAGUGCCCAGGCAGUCUCGUCUUUUACUUGGUGAAUGGUGAGUUUGCUUCAUUUUGAACUGAAGGGUAUUUUGAUUGAUUUGCGAUUGUCAACUUUAAAGAGACAUUCCUCUUGAAACGUCUUGAUCGAGCUAGAGGAACAUGUCGACAUUAAUCCACCCCUUUGUUGCAGAGCAAAACGAAAUUGUUGUGGACGAAAAGACAAAAAAGCCCACCGCAAUAUGUUUUAUAUGUCGGAAAGCUUUUGGGGACGAAAAUUCCAUCUAUCGCCAUAUGAAGAUCCACGACGAAACGAGCCGUCAUCAGUGCCCUCUAUGUCCUGGAAUUCACGUUCAAAGAUACAACUUGAGGAUCCACAUGGAGACGCAUAUUGGCAUGGACGUGAGCCAGGAAAUCAUGGAUACUCUGCCCUCGGAUUUCAGGGGGGUGCUCGAAGGGGAUCCCGAUAUCAUUGCCCCCGUCAAGUAUCGGAAGAAACUUAUUAGAGCCGUGCGGAAAAGGAUCAAGACCGCCAAUUGUCAUGAAGUUGUCCAAAACCUCCAAACCAAGCUUUUGUCAUUGGAACACGGGAUUGCAUGAUAAUUAAAUGAUUUGAACUGUUGUUGCCUUUUUCCUUACCAUUUAUAAUUAACAAAACUGGAUGACGCCAACACAAACGUGCUUGAGCAACUUGGCCUAAUAUUUCACCUUGUUCAAGGCGAUUC